AUAACCAGAGCGUCUCUGUUGGACCCAGCAGCCGUCUGGAUGAACCAAGCUGCAGGAAAAGAAAGGCGGAGGCUGUCACAGAGUUGGACAACAAGAAGUUAUGCAAACAGAGUUGCAUCAACUUCAGCCACCUCACCACUGGACAAGAUCAGCCUGUGUCCGUAGAGUUUGUGAGAGAGUACCAAAAGGGAAAGAGCAAUUCUACUGGACGGGCACCAGCCAGCAUAAUAGUGAUAAGCAGCCCCAGUAUCAGCCUCAGGGAGCCAGAGGAAGAGCUGGAACCCAUUAGGGAGAGGAAGAGAAAGGCCGAUGUCCCCGAAGAGUCCUCUAAGAAGAGGCAGAGAGUCUCUGAGCCAGAGCAAGGCACCAGCAGCUCAGUUUCUGACAAAUCUGAGUUUGAAAGAAAAUAUAAGCAGCUUGGACUGAUUGGCAGAGGGGGCUUAGGAUCCAUCUACGCUGGCCUUCGCCUGGAGGAUUCAUUACCGGUGGCCAUCAAGUACAUGGACAUGAGGAUAGGUCACAUCAGACUGAGUGAAGUGGACAGUGUUCCCCUGGAGGUGGCCCUCAUGCAGAAGGCCGGAGGUGAGCCAAAUGCAGUGGGGGUGUUUGCUGCCGUCACCCUCCUGGACUGGUACCUUAUGGAUCAGGACCUGCUCAUUGUAAUAGAAAGGCCACCAGCAUCCAUGAACCUUUUGGAAUACGUGUCCUGCAGAGGAGGUCGCUUGGAGGAAGACAUGGCCAGGGGCUCAUUACAGUCGGACCUGUAG